AUGCCGCCGAAAAAGAAGGGCAAUAAGAAGCAGCAGGACGAUUGGGAAGCCGAGCUAGGCGAGUCCAUCACGCCCACAAACGGCCAGCCUGAUAACGCCGCCGAGUCCAAUGCCACACCCAAUGAAGAUGAUGAUGAAAUGGGGGGCGGCCUUUUGGCUGCCUUGAGGAAAAACAAGAACCGCAAGGCAAAGAAAGGCAAGGCCGUUAAUAAUGAUUUUGUCGAGGGCGAAGAUCCUACCGCUGGUCUCGAGAGCAAAGAGCCCGAGGAAGCUACAUUCGAUGAGGAUGAUGUAUUCGCGGGAACUGCUAAGAAGCCAAAGCCUACUGCGAAGGAUGAGCCUUCAAAACAGAAGACAAAGGAUGCGGAAGAGGGAGGAAAAGUGAAGUCGAAGAAGGAGAAGGAGAAGGAGAAGAAGGAGAGAGAGAAGCAGAGAAAGAAGGAACAGGCUGCGAAAAAGAAGGCUCAAGGACCGGCUGCUACUCCAGCACCGAAGGCAGAGCCUGCGAAAGCUGCCGAGCCUGAACCAAAAGCCGAACCUACUUCCGCCCCAGAGACUACUGGUAAGAAAAGAAAGGUCCCGGCUCACCUUGCCGCUAUUCAAAGACAGCAAGAAUUGCUUCGGAAACAACAAGAGGAACAAGAGCGCCUUGCAGCCGAAGAACAAGCUAAAGAAGAAGAGAGACUACGAAAGAUAGAGGAAGAGGAGCGGAAGAAGGAAGAAGCACGUCAGAAGAAAAAGGAAAAAGAGCGAGAGAAAAAAGAACAGCUGCGCAGAGAAGGGAAGCUACUCACAAAGGCUCAGAAGGAAGCCAAAGAGCGUAAUGAGAUACGCAUGAAACAGCUAUUGGCUGCUGGCGGCAAGGUUGCCGGUCUCGAGCAAGAUUCCGAGCCCGUGGAGAAAAAGAAACCGGUUUAUGACAAUAGAAAGAGACGUGGACCAAGAGGACGGGAGGAGGUUGAUUUGGAAGCUGCAGCAGCAAGAGCCGAGGCUCAGCGCCAGGCUGAAGAAGAGGAGAGAAAGAAGCGAGAGGAAGAGGAGAAGGCAGCUGCUGAGGCAGCGGCCAAAGCUAAGGAAGAAGAGAGCGACGAUGGUAUCAAGGACAGCUGGGAUGCUCCUUCGUCCGAUGAAGAGGAGGAGGCGGAAGCGGAAGCGGACAAAGAACCGUCAGCUAAACUAUCCCCAAAUGCCGCAGAUGGAAAAGUGGAAUUGCCGACGCGGCAGAAACCUACCGAUGGCUCCCCAGAAGAGUCCGAGUCUGAGGAAUCCGAGGAAGAGGGAACUGCAUCACAACGAGCUAUAGCCCAGAGGAAAGCAGAAGCCGCUGAGCGAAGAAGGAAGCAGCAUGAAGAGGCCCUGGCAGCUCGAUCCAAAGACCACUUGCGAUCUCCCAUUUGCUGUAUUCUUGGACACGUCGAUACAGGGAAGACGAAGCUGCUUGAUAAGAUUCGACAGACCAACGUCCAGGAAGGAGAAGCUGGUGGUAUCACUCAACAAAUCGGUGCUACCUACUUCCCCUCAGAAGCCCUUAAGCAGAAAACCGCUGUCGUCAACAAGGAUGGCAAAUUCGAGUUCAAAGUCCCCGGUUUACUGAUUAUUGAUACACCUGGUCACGAGUCCUUCUCCAACUUGCGCUCUCGGGGCUCGUCACUCUGCAACAUUGCCAUUUUGGUUGUUGAUAUUAUGCACGGACUCGAACCACAGACCCUUGAGUCCAUGAGAUUGCUGAGAGAUAGAAAAACGCCAUUCAUCGUUGCAUUGAACAAAAUUGAUCGUCUCUACGGCUGGAAGAAAAUUGAUAACAAUGGCUUCCAGGACAGCUUGGCGCUUCAGAAUAAGGGCGUCCAGAACGAAUUCCGUGAUCGUCUUAAUAAGACUAAACUCGCCUUUGCUGAGCAAGGGUUCAACUCCGAGCUAUUCUGGGAAAACAAAUCCAUGGCUCGCAACGUCUCCUUGGUUCCUACUUCAGCUCAUACCGGAGAAGGUGUUCCCGACCUCUUGAAGCUUCUUGUUACUCUCACGCAGGAACGCAUGACAAACAAGUUGAUGUAUCUGUCAGAAGUUGAAUGCACUGUCCUUGAAGUCAAGGUCAUUGAAGGUCUUGGUACCACCAUUGACGUCGUUUUGUCAAACGGUAUUCUUCGCGAAGGCGACCGAAUAGUACUUUGUGGUCUCAACGGUCCUAUAGCGACGAACAUACGAGCGCUUUUAACACCUGCUCCUCUCAAAGAACUUCGUAUCAAAUCGCAGUAUGUUCAUAACAAGGAAGUUAAAGCUGCAUUGGGUGUCAAGAUCGCUGCCAACGACCUAGAACAUGCUAUUGCUGGAUCUAGACUCUUGGUGGUUGGACCCGACGACGAUGAAGAGGACUUGGAAGACGAGGUCAUGUCUGAUUUGGAAAACCUCCUCAGCAAGGUCUCUAAAGAUAAUCGUGGAGUCAGCGUCCAGGCGUCGACUCUUGGUUCUCUUGAAGCCCUUCUUGAGUUCCUUAAAGUAUCCAAAAUUCCUGUGGCAAAUAUCUCUAUUGGUCCUGUGUAUAAACGUGACGUGAUGCGUGCAGGCACUAUGUUAGAAAAGGCCAAGCAAUUUGCUGUUAUGCUUUGCUUUGAUGUUAAGGUCGACAGGGAAGCACAAGCCUACGCAGAUGAAGUUGGCGUAAAGAUCUUCACCGCCGAUAUUAUCUACCAUCUAUUUGAUGACUUUACAAAGCAUAUGGAAGAACUUUCUACCAAGAAAAAGGAGGAAGCAAAACUUCUGGCAGUGUUUCCUUGUGUUCUGCAGCCUUCUGUUAUAUUUAACAGGAAGGAUCCUAUUGUCAUUGGUGUUGAUGUGAUCGAGGGCAAUCUGCGACUGCUCACACCGAUUGCUGCUGUCAAGACUAACCCUGUGACUGGCGCCAAAGAAAUAUUUAAUUUAGGAAGAGUGCAAUCUAUCGAACGUGAACACAAGCAGAUUCCUAUGUGCAAGAAGGGUCAGCCGUCUGUUGCUGUCAAAAUUGAAGGUCCUAACCAACCAGCUUAUGGCCGUCAAUUGGAGGAGAAGGACGUGCUUUACUCGCUCAUUUCCAGACAGAGUAUUGAUACAUUGAAGGAAUUCUAUCGAUCGGAUGUCUCUAUGGACGAAUGGGCAUUGAUCAAAAAGUUGAAGCCUCUGUUUGAUAUCCCAUGAUUGCAUGCAUGCCAUGUAGAUUGUCUGAUUGUGUUGUCCUUGCGACUCAGUCUAAAUGAUUAUUGACUUGCUCUCGCCUCUCCUGCACUCUCUUACGACUCUUUGUUACCUGCUUUCCCAGCCCGGAUCAGACUGGGAUUUGCAGAGAAAAUGAAAAAUCUUACGACAUGAUAGAAAAAUUGAAGCAAAACCAUAUUGGCAUUUUGAUGGUGAUGGUCUCCUAACGCAGAAUGCCUUCAAGUCGCAACCUAUCCCCCUCUUUAUGCCUUGUUUUGAUGCGAUAAUUUCUUCUCUGUAUAUGAUAUACACUGAUAGAUUAUCUUCAUUCUUGGAUAUCACAGAAUAUGCUCUUGAUAGGACUAUCAAGGCUAGAAUGCCAGGAACUAAGAUUGAGUGUAUAUCCAACAUUUGAAGCAGCAUCACACUCAACGAUAUAUUUACAUUAUAAAUUCCUGUUAUCAGGAAAUAAA